UGCAUAUUUAUACUCUCCCAGUGUUUUGGGAUGAACAUAAGACUAUUGUAAGAAUCUUAUUAUCACUGGUGACAAAGCUGCCGCUAAUAUGCUUGCUCUUACAAAACUGAAGAACACAUCCAAAUAUCUUUAGUCUUAGCACAUGAUCCUCACGUGCUCAUAAUAACCCACCCUAUGGCUUAGACAAGCUUCUUCUUCAUCCACUCCACUUGAACCUUAUCUCAAGAUUCUCAACUUAUAUUCUUCAAACCAAGUUUCAGAUUUCUUCAUGUCGAAUCAUAUCCAACAUUUAUAAAGGAUCGUGUCGAGUAUUGGAUGUUUUGUUUCGUCACCACCAAAUGACAAUACACGUCGUUGAGGUUUCCCGAGUCACCCCCGCUCCUGACUCGGACUCGGUCCUAAACUCAGCCAACUCACUCACAAUCCCGUUGACUUUCUUCGACCUACCAUGGCUAGUGAUCAACCCCGCCAAGCGACUCUUCUUCUACAGACUCACCGAGUCGACUCGCGAGCAUUUCCGCUCCUCCAUCCUCCCAAAGCUCAAGCUCUCCCUUUCCCUCGUCCUCCGCAACUACCUCCCUCUCGCCGGCCGCCUCAUCUCCCACCCAAACGAGCCCAAACCGAGCAUCGUCGUCUCCCAAAACGACUCCGUUUCACUAACCAUCGCCGAAACUGACGCUGACUUCUCUCUUCUCUCCAGCUACGGACAACGUCCAGCUUGGGAGUUACACACUCUCAUACCCGACCUACCUGUCUCCGAUGACUCAGCAACCGUCUUAUCUCUUCAAAUCACGUUGUUCCCUGGCCAAGGAUUCUCCAUCGGCGUCGCCGCACACCACGCCGUUUUAGACGGAAAAACGUCAACCAUGUUCGUCAAAGCUUGGGCUCACACGUGCAAACGAGACAACACAGUCGUCGCCCCUCUACCGGAGACUCUAACUCCGUCUCUCGACCGGUCGUUGAUCAAAGAUACAACGGGACUCGAUGAACAGAUGCUCAAGAUCGUGAGAGCUCUCAACGACGACGGCAGAAUCGUCGGGAGGAGGAGAAACCUGAGCUCUAUUCCGGCUUGGGAGCGCGGAGACGACGGCGUCUUCGCCACGCUCGUGCUGUCGCGCGGCGACGUCGAGAGGCUCCGGGAGCGAGUCGAGAACGAGUCGUCAUCUCCGAGUGAGCUUCUUCACCUGUCGACUCUCGUCGUCGCCUACGCUUACGUGUGGACGUGCCUCGUGAAGGCGCGCGGAGGAGACAUGGAGAGGCCCGUGAGUUUCCUCUUCGUCGCGGAUUUCAGAGAGCGGCUCGAUCCGCCGCUUCCGGCGACUUACUUCGGGAACUGCAUGUUUCCGGCGGGGUGCUUCAACAGCAAGACGGCGGGGGAUUUCGCGGGAGAGGGAGGGUUCGUGUCGGCGGUGGAGAUACUCAGCGGUUUGGUGAAAGGGUUGAGUUCGAGGAAGAUAGAGACUAUAGCGGAAGAAUUCAAGAUUGGUUUUGAUUGCGUGGGUGUGACGUCACAUUUAGGGUCGUUAGCCGGGUCGACCCGGUUGGGUGUAUACGAGUCCGAUUUCGGGUGGGGAAGACCCGUUAAGGUUGAUGUCGUCUCGAUUGAAAGAAACACAAUCUCAAUGGCUGAGAGACGUGACGAAUCAGGUGGCAUUGAGCUCGGACUGUGCAUGAAGAAGGCUGAAAUGGACAUUGUCAUUGGUUUGUUCAACAGUGGUUUACAGAACUAAACUCUGUUUUGUUUCCUACAGAAUUUCAAAUAAUUUUAAGCUUCAUUGAGUUGCUUCUUGUUUCUUGUUGGUUAUUACAACGAACUUUAUUUAUGAAAGCAAGCAUUUGAGGAAGAUUAUCA